AUGGAUCCACAGCCCGAGUCUAUCAUCUUCGACGCGGCCUGCCUCCUUGCUUGGAAGAACAAGUUCCGACAUCACGAUACCACCAUCUACACCCGCCUCUUCGGACUCCACCCCUAUCCGCGUCUUAGCAAGACUGAAGUUGCCAGCGACCUCCUUCCCCAAAUCCACAGACACAACCCCUACACCGCCAAAAUGGUCCAGCUUGUUGAGGUCGAGGACGAGCACUUCCAGGGCAACCCCAACGUCAUCCAGGACGACGAUGCCGACUUCACCGACACUGACCCUCCCCGAGCGCCUCGCCGCCCUGAAGGACAUCAUCCCGCCGACAACCCGCGGCUGGAUCGGCUCCCAGGUCAACACGGGCGCGAGCAUCGUCAGAACACGUGGUACUACGGCUCGCGCACCCUCUGGCUUGUCUGCGCCACGGCGCUCAUGAUCGGUGUCCCCCUCGCUACGUGCUGGGCCGAAGACCAGCAGAUUGAGGGCAUGGAGCGCGAGUACCGUAUGCGUGAGAUGGGCGGCGAGCUGCUCACCGCCGGCGAGGGCCAGGAAGGCAGCACCGCCGACAUGCUGGGCGAGUCCCUAGGCGCUGGCAAGGCCGAAGCCCGCCCGUCGCUGUAA